CGGGGCCGCGCACGAGCCCGGUCGGUGCCUCCCCCACGGCGGCCGCGUCCCGCCCCCCGGGCCGGCGGGGCACUGAGCGGUGUCUGUGUGCACAGGUGAGCCCUGUGCAGAUGCGGAGGCCGGGCGAGGCGCAGCGCCGCGGUCACCGACAGGUGCCGGAGAACGGGCCCGGGGCGGGAGACAUGGACUCCGGCGGAGACCUCCCGGCGGAUCGGCCCUCGGCCCUUCGGAGCGGGAUGGAGGAGCCCGCGGAGGAGGCAGAUGGUGCGGGAGGGCAGACUGCCUGGCAGCAGAGCCUGAAUCCCGAGCUGCAGCAGGGGUACCGCAUCCUGCGCGAGUUCCUGCUGGAGAAGUACCGGCCUCUGACGGCGCCGUUCCUGAAGCCCCUCGCCGAUCAGGCAUUUUUCGGAGAAGAAGGCGCUGGAUCCUUCUCGGGCCAUAAGAGCAGCCAGUCCUUGCAGCAGUUGCCAGCUGGAAUAUGGCUAUUGAAAAUGGAAGAGAAAUUUUCCAGUGGGCAGUACACAGGGAUAGCAGAUUUCGUGUGUGAUUUCCGGCUUAUGCUGGAGACUUGCUACCGGCUGCACGGUGUGGAUCACUGGCUCUCCAAACAGGCCCAGAAGCUGGAGAUGAUGCUGGAACAGAAGCUGGCGCUGCUAUCCCGGCAUUUAAGAGAGAAAACAUCAUUGGCUGUAACAUCUAGAGGAUGCUAUGGGCAGGAGGAUGAGAAAGCAACAGCAUGCAUUUCUACAAGACGUCGUUCCACACCUCGAAAUUUAGUAGGCUUGUCAACAGGCAUGUUUGAGUCUGUGAUGGUUCAGGUUCUAAGACAAGAGGAGCAACUGAGAGCAAAAGAGGAAAAGAGGCAGAGAGAUCAAGAAAGAAAAGAAGCAGAAGAAGCUACUCAGAAAGAAAUAGAAGAAUGGGAAAAAUCACUUUUAGCUCAAGCAGCACCUACAAGGAUGGAGACAAUGUGGGAGAUUCCAUCUAUUGGUCAUUUUCUUUGUUUAGCACAACAGAUUUUAAAUUUACCUGAAAUAGUAUUCUAUGAAUUGGAACGUUGUCUUCUGAUGCCUCAGUGUAAUGUUUUUUUAUCUAAAAUAAUGACUUCUUUGUUAAGUCCUCCUCAUCGCAGAUCUACAUUACAUCGCAGGCCUACAUUUUCCUACAGGACUUGGGAAGCAGCACUCAGAAAGAAAGUGCAACACUGGUAUACCAUUGUAGGGCAGACUGACAAUCCUAAUGGUGCUGCAGAAAAACUUGGAUUAUGUCCCCAGUUUUUCAAAGUGCUUGGAGAAGUUAAUCCCUUGGGAGAAAAACCAUUUCAUGAGCUACCAUUCCACCAAAAAGUAUGGCUGCUAAAAGGUCUCUGUGACUUCGUGUAUGAAACACAAAAGGAUGUUCAGGAUGCGGUGCUAGGUCAGCCUAUCCAUGAAUGCAGAGAAGUAAUUCUUGGUUAUGACUGCUUGGAGAAUGCAUAUGUUCACUUUCCACAGUUCUGUGGUGCAGAUGUUCGAAUUUACAAACAAAAACCUUUUCAGGCUCCUGAAUUCCCAUCUCUUCCCAUCAAAGUCAAAAAAGUGCCACGUAUUAAAUCAGAAAGAGUAAAACAUGAAUACGGAAGCAAAAGCAAUGGGGAGAUCAGUUCUGCUGGUAGAGAACUGCUGUGUCAUUCCAAGACAGAAGGAGAGAAAAGUAUGGACUCCAUUGUUACCUGUCCAGAAAAAAAAACAUGUUUAGGUAGCUUUAGAGUCACUACAGAGGAGAUGAAGAUUGACUGUGAAAUAAAAGCCUCAAGAGUUUGUGACAUCAAAAAACCUGGUUGUUUUAUAGAGAACUUCAGGAAUUUGAUUACUUCAGGAGAGAUUGUUCAUAUGGGUGGUCACCCUAGUUCAGAAGAAAUAACAGAUGUGGAGAAUGGACAAGGUUGCACUGAAAUGGCCAGAGUAAGGUCUGAGCUGAGUCUGUUAGAGGAGAACACACUGAAAGCUUGCCAAAUGCACGUCAACGGCACUUAUAAUGACAACCAAGACAGAAGUUACCAUGAAUCUACUGAAGAAGUGGUGCUAGAAACCUCACUGCAAAAUAAUAGGAAACUAAGUAAGAUGCUGGCAAAAAAAAAGAAAAAAAAAAAAAAGAAGUUGAAGGAUAUUCUGAAUGAAAAUCUACAGAGAAAACUUGAUGACUUGCAAAGAAAGCGUGAGAUUCAUCUUCAUUCAUUCAAAUCAUAUAAAUCUGAGAUCCAGAACAAGUUGUUUAUAAUUAAAAAGAAAGCAAAACAUAAGAAGCACAAGUCUGGAAAAAAAUCGCUAUCUAAAAAAGCAAUCACAAAGAAGAGGAAAGGUGUCAGAAAGUCUACCAUACCAGAAUUUCAGCUUAUUUGCACUAAUCUUGAUGAACUCAGGGAAUUAAUCACAAAGAUUGAGAAUGAACUCAAAGAUCUGGAGGACAUUAAAAAGAAAUCGGGAAGAUGGUACCACCGGAAGCAAGCAGUAAAGGAAUUGCAUGGUACGUUGUUACGACUGCUUAAUGAACUGUUACCAUGGGAACCAAAGCUAAUUAAAGCAUUUCAAAGAAACAGGUCUAGGUUGAAGAAGGACUAUGAUGACUUUAAAAGACAUCCAGACCAUGAUAAAUUUACCAGAGAAUUGUGGAGUAAUGAUGAAAGUGAAGUUGAUUCUGGCAAAGAAUCUUUUGCAGUAGUAUGCGGUAAAUCAUCAGACUCUGCAGAACAUAUAGAAGUUCCCAAAAAAGAUCACUCAGACAAUGAUGAAACGAAACUAUUAGAGAUGAAUUUACCUUCAGGAAAAAACAGAAUUUUGAAAAAAGAAUCAGCUUCUAAAGAAAUACAGAAGACACUGCCCAAAUGCAUUAAACGACAGUUCAAGCAAAAUAGUUGUCUUGAUCAAAGCACUAAUGAGCUUUCACCAAGGAAGAAAGCUAAACUGAACACUAAUGAGGCUGUGGUCCAGAGUGCAGAAAGUAGCCUGCAGUCAGAUUGCGUGACUGAGCUGAAACAAUUUGAAGGGUCAACUCUAGAGUUGCUUUCCUUGACAGAUCCUGCAACAUCAGUAUCAAACUUUCCAAAAGGGACCAAACCCAUCCAGGCCUUGCUUGCCAAGAAUACUGGGAACAAAGUGACCUUAACAAAUCAACUGUUGCCUCCUGCAGGCAUGAACGUAUCUUCUUCUGAAAAGUCAGUUUUACCACCUUUGGAAUCAUCACUGAUCAAACCAGCAUUGCCCUGCCAGGCCAGUUCUAAGACUCCUUUACAAAUGGUAUACAAAAUGCCAAAUGGCCACUGUGUACCAAUAGAUGUUCCCAACAGCUCAGCGAAAAUUCAAAUGCAAGCUAUGAUUGACCCUAAAACUGGAGAAAAAGUCAUGCAACAAGUUCUUAUUUUACCUAAGAAUUUUCUUCUUCAGGAGAAGGAAGAAAAAAUUGUGUCCAAGGACAUUCAGUCACUACAACAAAAAUCAUUUGAGAUGCACUGUACAUCUUUACCAAAAAUGUCAAACGUCAGUGUUUCUUUAACACCUGUUCUGGUAACAGGCCCUGCAAAUGCCACUCAGUCACCCACUACAAUUUUUAACAUGAAUACUACCCACUCAUCACAAGUGGCUGGUCCCAUGAACACUACACAACCAUUGCCUGAUGUAACUUCAGCAGAUAACUUAUUAUCGUCAACAAUUAAGGUAAGCCGAACUGAAAGUGACAAAAUCAAGACUACAGUUUCAACUGCUACAUUGCCUGUGUCUUUGGCUUCACCUACUCUUUCCACAGCUAGCCGAUCAUUGACACCAGCAACAGCAUUAAGUGCAUCUACAAACACUGAUUCUGCCUCUCAUAGUCUUGCAUCACAGCAGCAAACUGAAUCCCUUGAAACUAAGCAAGAGCUGAAGACAGUGUGUGUAAGAGAAUCACAAUCUAUUCUGGUCACAACACGAGGUGGAAACACCGGAAUUGUUAAAGUGCAAACAAACCCAGAUCAGAUUUCACCUAGUAGUUUAUGUCCUAGUUCAGUUUUCACUUACGCAUCUCAGCUUCAGGCCUUUCUUGUGCCAAAAACCACAGCGGUACCAUGCUCCAGUCUUCCAUCUGUAGCAACAGCCACAUCUGGUCUCCCACAUAUUGGACAAUCAUCUCCUUCUGGAUUUGCCCCCUCAACAGCUUCUUCUGUUAAUAUUAGAGUUUUCCCUGCUGAUACUACCCAGACAAUGGAGAAAAGUACCAAAUUCACACUACAGCAGCCAGCUGUUCGGGAUUCUUUGUGUCAAGUAAGAGAGAACUCCUGCCAUAUGUCUUCUCCUUUAUCCUCCAUUUCAUUAGCUAGCAAUUUGGUGUCUGUGACUCCACACAGUCCUGUUAGUGUGACUAGCACUGGACAAAGUAAUAAUAUCAAAACUCCAAAUUCUUCUGUGCAGCAUCAAGAGGAUACUAAAACCAAAACAAAAUCUGUUACACAAUCUGAGUCUGAUUCCGCAACAAAUGGAGAUUUAAUCAGUGGUACUCCAGUCCAGAAAUUUACAUUAAUCACAAAUCCACCAAUUUUAUCUCCCUCUAGGGCAUCAGGGGACAGUAUUAUACCCUCUCCAGCAUCCACUGCUGUUAAUGCUCAGAAGCUGGUUUUCAUUAACACACAAAUUGCCAGUGGCCCAUUAACCACCAGUCUACCUGCAGAGACAUUGAAACAGAACCUUCCUUCUUCCCUAACCAAAAACUUUGUUAAUGCCGCAGAGCAACCACAGUUGGUUUUGAUCCCAUCUACAGUAGGAGCACCGAUAAAAAUUAAUUCAACACCAACUACUGCUCAAGUAAAAGAUGUGAAAAUUGGACUAAAUAUAGGUCAGACCAUUGUAAAUACUAAAGGCAGUGCACAGGAGGGCCUACCAGUUAAUAUAUUGCACUCUGGCAUUUCUAAAGGAGAAGACAAAAAGAGCACAGCCUUGGCCCCAUCCUUGACAAGUAGUACUGUGGUUCCUGUUCCAAGUUUUACUCUGUCAGCUAAUGAAUCUGUUUGUGUUGCAACAAAAGCCGAAAAUGCCUUUACAAUAACAACAUCAAGUGCACACGUAGAAUCUGUUUCAGUAACAUCAAGUGGGACUUCCUCUGGGACACAGCCUACUGUCUUGAUUGGUGGCAAUGAUCCCUCAAGAAUAAGGCCAGUUCUGGGUAAUCGACUUUGUACAUCAAAUAUUGGAAAUACUGUGGGUAUAUCCACUGUGAAAACAGGACAUCUUGCUUCAUCUGUGCUGAUUUCAACACAGCCAACAGCAUCUCCUCAAAAUUUAGCAUCUGCUCUGCAAUUUCCAGUCAUUAGCUUGCCUGGAUCUGCAGCCACCCCCCACAAGAUGUUACAUACAGUUCCUCAGUUGGCAGCAGUUCCAGCUCCUCUUCCAGUACCAAAAAGCCAGUUGCCCACGCUGGUUCAGUUUCAGUCAUCAGGAAUUUCAACUGCUGUGUCAAGUCAUGCAGGUAUUCACAAAUCUCAGGGUGUGUUGCCCCCUCCAUCACCCAAUACAGGUGAAGUCAUUAGUUUUCCCAAUUUUUCUGCCCUAAACUGCCAGCAGGUGCCUCCCAGUACAGAGAAACAAAGUCAUGCUUACACUUGUGCUUCUACCAUUCAGAUAUCUGAUGCUUCACCACCUGUAACAAGCAAAACAGGAGGUCAGUUGAGUGAACCUUCCAUUCAACAGAAAAUAGUCAUUAACACCUGUGUGCCUUUGGCACCUGGAACUCAGAUAGUGAUUAAUGGUACUCGUUUUGUUGUUCCACUGCAAGGCCUUGGAGCUGGCAGCCAUGUUCUUCUUCUCUCCUGUAAUACAAAACAGACUCCUUUAACAAUUAACCAUGGUCAAGAGCCUCAAGGUGUACCAACUGUUAAUACAAUAACCUCGAAAAUUGUCCUAGCACCAAGUCAUUCAUUAAGUUGGCAGAUACCAAAACAUCCUUUGAAAAGCUCUACAAAAAUUGUGAACUGUUUUGGAGCUUCAGAUGCUUUACCCAUUGUACAUGCAACACCCCAGAUAUUUAGUACUCCAGCUGGAUCAUGUACUCCACUGUCUGCGGUAACUCUGUCUGUAUCUUCAGCGACAAAAUCUCCUGUUAAUGUUGCCACAUCUUCUGUUUCUGCUGUUCAUCCUCCAAAUUCUCAUUUACCAAGCAACACUUCAGUGUAUCACUCAGACACUUCUAUCAAAAAACUGUUGGUUAGUCCAGAGGGAGCUAUACUGAAUGCUCUAAAUACUCCAUCACCAAAAGUUUCUUCCCUGUCUUCAUCACUGCUUCCUGUUGUUGUUUCCACAAGCAGAAAUCCUACCACUGUCUUCCCUGCAUCUCAGUCAUCUUGCCUUGAUAAACCUGACAAAGCUGCAUCCUGAAUUUACUGCAAAUGAGCCACUUUGAAAUUCUGGGGCAUUCUUCAAACUUUGGAAGUUGUAACUAUUGAAUAAUUUCUUACAAUGUUUUAAACAUUGAUUUACUCAAUAUUACUAAGGUUACGGUCCUUACCUGUUUACACGUGGGGAUUUGGAGAAAGAAAAAUUUUAGUUUGUCAGAAGUUUUCAGAGAGUUCUCUAGUAAAAGGCUAAGAAAUGACCAAUGAAUUCAUUAAACAGUUUGGUGAAAUCUCGCCUUUUGCACAUGUUCCAUCUUACAUUGUUGACUGUUUGCCAGUGUGUUUAUGACGAUAUAUAUCUCCUUUUUAUUUGUCAAAUUUAUUUUUGACUUGUUUCUUUAAAAAAAAAAAUUAUGCAUUGUAAAAAUGCAAUCAGUAGUAUAGAAUUGUACAUAUUCCUGAACUCCUAAAAACCUGAGCUAAACAAUAUGUACAAAGAACUAUGCUGUCUUAUUUAAGUUUUGUUUACAUAAUGUAUAGUUUUUUAAGUAUUUUAGUAACAUUGGACCAGUGUACUGUUUAGCAACAAUGCAGAAGAAUCUGCAUGUAAUAAAUCAAGUUGCUGUACUGCUUUGUGUUGGCAGUAGUUAAAAAUAUGUAUAUCUGUUACACCGUGGGAGAAUACAUACAUACAUACAUAUGUACAUGCAUAAAUAUAUAUAUAUGUGUGUGUGUAUAUAUAUACAUCCUUCUUUGGUGUAUGGUAGAAUGAAAUUAUUUAAUCUCUUCUGUUCUUCUCUGAUUUUACGUUUCACGUGAUUUGACAGGAUUUGGAAGGAAGGCCUCCUUAUUGUUCCUCAUGAUAUAGGGCAGGAUAACCCAUACUUCAUCCAUUCUUAAUGAUUUGGUUAUGUUGCCUGAAUAACUCCAGUGAAGUGGUAAGGCUACAAUGGCUUCCUAAACGCCAGUCUAAGUCACACUGACUGCCAUGCUUUGUCUUAAAGCUCAAAGAUCUGUUGAACAAUUCAUUGUUCUCUGUUUUACAGCCUUGUAUGCAUUUCCACAUAUCUGGUAACUGUAACAAGGUCACUCACUCAUCUUCCAUCUAGCCAUAACAAACUACCCAUUUUUUUCAUUGGUCAUGCUUUCUAGAUCUGUAUUUUUUCUUUAGCUUGUAAGUGGUCUAUCUGGAAGGAGAGUGCUAAAACAUCACAUGAGAUUAAAAGAAGCUUUAUUAAUACUUUGAAUGGGGAUAAAUCACACAUUGCAUAAACCUUCCCUUUUUGUACAGUGUAUUCAGUAUUUAUUGGCUUAGAUUUCAGCAUUUGAUCUGAUAAAGCCUUUGGGUUAUUUUCUGCAGAUCUGCUGAGUUCACAGCUACCUGCUGCAGUGCUCAUGGAGAUAAGAUUUUUGAUAUCUUUUGUGGCUUUGCAUACAGAAAAAGGGUGCCCAUCUUAUGGAAGAUGAUGAUUUUAGAAUUGCCGUCUUCGUAUGUGUUGAAUUUUUCUGUGAAGUUUGUUGGUUUGGGGUUUUUUUAGAAACUAGAAGGGAAGAUUUCAGAAGAGCUUAUGAAUGAUAGUUGCCUUCUAAAUAGCUAUGACUUCAAAGGGGAUAAAAGCUUAUUUAUCUGUAUUUAGUAGUGUUCUUAGACUGAAUUUCAUAAAGAUGAAACUUCAACCUUUGCUCCUCAUCCUGUUGAAUUUUCUACUUCCCUUCCCUUUUUGCUGUACACAGUUUGGCAGUUCAGAUGUUGGGCUGAAGAACAGGACCACAUCUUACUUCCUCUGUGUCGGCUGCCUUUAAAUUGUUCUGAAAAGUAACCUGGUAGGUAUUUAGCUAAAGUUCUGGGAAAGUGGGGGGAAGAAAGGCUUGUGCCUUCCAUAGGGACCUUUCCUUUUGCACUUACUGAAAAAAUUGCAUUGGGAAAUUGCAUCUUUGUGGACCAGAAAUCUCCAUCUUACCUCAGGGCUGGGAAAGAUGGAAGCUGUCAAUUUUGGAAGGAGAGAAGGUUUGUUUAGAUGUAGAGAAAGCUACCUGCUAUGCUUUUCCUACUUCUCGUGAAAGGUGUUUUGUAACUGAUUUUGAAGACACCUGGUAGUAAGGGUGUCUGCCUGCCAGAGUUUACAGUGCUACGGAUUUUUAAGUCUGACUGCAUUUUACGGUUGAAUGCUGCAGGUGACUUUUCCAACAGAGGGAGAUGGCAGAGAAUGGCAGUUUCUUCAUGGACAUUUUACAUACUCUAAAACCAUAUAUACCAGCAACUCAUCUUAUUUCCAUUUCACUGGUUGAACCUUGGGACUUGGUUUUAUGGAUUUUUCUCUUUUCUUGCAGUGGUUGUUUUUCCUGUUUUUUUUUUAAAUUUAUGUUUACUGUAGCAUGAGUUCUCUACAUUGUUUGGAAAACUCGAGACUUGGUUCUAGUAUUGGAGUUGUUCUUGAUGAAGAAAAAAUUCUUGCGUGGCAUUUUUCUGUGUGCUAAUGUAGUAGGAAGAUUUAUGCUAUAAUUGGUUCUAAUAAAGAGAAAACUUAGAAAAGCUGAACUUAGGAACUCAGGACUCGAGUAACUUGCUUGAAUGAUUUCCAAGAAGUUUUCUGAAUUAAUAUUAUAGUAUUUUAUGAUUUUCAUAAAUACUUUAUAAUUUGGCAGACAUAAACUUUACAACAUGAAUAGUUUGUUUCCAUUUGAUUAGAGUUUUCAUGGAUUUUUAUUCUCUGCUGGACGUGUUUGAAGUCCAAAUCCUAUUGGAGAAAGUCUUCAGACUACUAUGUAAUGGGCUUGCAACAUUCAUUAUGUAAAACCAAAUUUUAGUAAUUUUUGUGAAUAAAAUUCCUAUUCCCAAUACUCUUCUCUGAUAGUAUGAAUGUCAGACAGAGGUAAGGCUUUUUUUUCAGAUGAACGUGAAUACCCAUUGACAAUUUGCUAUGUACCUUUUGCUCUCUAGCAAAUGUGUAGUGCUACCAGUAGCACAAAAAGAACUGUAAAAAAGUAGAUUAUAUUCACAGACACAAUAAAAAAGCAGAACUGCCUGCAUCUUGACUUGAAGUUAAAAAGACAUUUAAUGAAACAUAUAGACAUAGAUAUAUAAAUCAGCCUUUUAAGAAAACAUGUUCAGCUUUUCAGAGCUUGUAAAAUGCCUUCUUUUUAGACACCCUCAGAUAUUGUAUACAAGUAUUCAUACACUAUAUUACAUUCAAAAUUAUAGGUUUAAUAAUGACUUUGAAUAUUUUGAAUUACAUCCUUUCAUUUACCUGAAUGGACAUGUUCUGCACAAUAGUUUUGCUUUGUUAUGAGUAGAAAACGACACUAAUAUUGCUUCGCAGUUCAAACCCCCAUGUGUGCUGCCAUUUUCUCAUAGGGAUUCUGCCACGCUAGAAGCAAUUAAAUUUCACAAGUCUUAGGGGUCAUAGAAGUAUCUGUUCAAGCCAAGUGUGUUACUAUCAAGUCUUUCAAACCUGUGCUGAUUUCACUAUGCGACAUAGCAAAGGGUUCAAUGCAAAAAGGGAAGCAAAAAUUCUCCUGGUAAGUGAGUGAAGAGAAUUAGUCCAUUGGAGUAGGUCAGAAAAUUACUAAAAACUAGUAUUUGAAGGGUGUCCAUAGCUUCCACAGUGUGUGUGGUUCACAGUUGGUUUUGCUUAUACUAUGUUGUAGUGCAGAAUUUUAAUAGCCCAAAUGAAUUUUAAAGUAAAUUAAUUAUUUUUAUUAAAGCAUGAAUAUUUGUUGCAUUUGUUAAGGACUGUUUCUUUUAAAUAGAAUGGCCAGAGAUGCUCACAAAGACUUAAACUCAUGUAGACUGCUCCCUGUAAGCUGCACCUCAAAUGAGUUUACUGACUCAAAUAAUAAGAAAAAUAAGAUUAAUAAUACUGCAUCAGACUUAAGGUCUGUCUAUCUGAUUAUUAUGGCUAUCUAUCCCAGCAUCACCUAGUCUCUUGAAGCACUCAGGAACAGCAUUCCAAAAGAACACAAUAACAGGCCUGAAUAGUCUUUUAGUAUCCACUAAGCCAGAGUCUUCCUCACACAGCUGUGAUUUUUUUCAAUUUAAUAGCUUUCAGUGUAUUUCUCUUGAUGAAAUAUACCAAUCCUUUCAAGAAUUCAUGGAAGCAUGUAAACAAACUAUUACCAUUCACAGCAUCCGGUGGUAAAGAGUUCGUAAAUAAAUCUCCUUUUUGGUUUCCAAACCUGGUACCUGCUAGUUUCGUUUGAUGCAAAUAAUAUUUAUAUUGUAAGAUACAAUAAACCUUUGCUCUUUGUUAUUUUUCCAUGUGGCCUAUGUAGACCUUUGCCAUGUUGGUUGUCUCUUUUCUAGAAUAAAGAGAAAUUGUGAAUUCAAUUAUUUAUUUUAUGGAAGUAAUCAGUUGCUGUCAUUGCUGUGUGUACCUUUUCAAUUUCACUAUAUCCUUGAGAUGUGGUAUCAGAAGAGUGCAUGUUCUAAAAGCCCUAUGAGCUAUUCAGCAGUGUGUUGAUGACUUUUCUUUCAUAAUAAUUAUUUCAAUGUUUGUGGGUUGGUUUCUGACUAUUAUUUAGCCUCUUACUAACAUUUUUGUAGAAAUAUAAAUUGUAAACCAACUUCGCAUCAGUGUCAACCCAACUCAUCCAAUAAAACUAUACCACUUGUAGAA